GAAUACUCCAUUUUUAAUUACAAAACUCGUGAUUUUUUAGUGAUUCACUACCAAUUGCCGCGCCUCAACGGUCUGGAAUGUAAAACAUCAAAACUUAAGUUGUGCGUGGAAUGCGAUUCCCGAUUUAUGGGAUCCAAAGAAUGCGGGGAAUCGUGAUAUCAACAUUGACCAACGAUCUUAAAACUCAUUGACCCUCGCCCCCCUUAAAUUAGAUAGCAGCUCGAUAACAGACGAUAAAGAUUGCCACUUAAGAUGCUACUCAUCGCCCCAAUAUUACAAGUCAUACUUUUCUUAUCGAUCGCAUCCUCCUUCGCUGUCUUAAAUCCAGCUGGAAGUAUCGGGUCCAAAGCGACCGCCCAAGAUGGAGCAUGUAUCAAGCCAGACGGUCUCUGUGCCCAAGCACCCUGUUGUAAAGACUCGGGUUUAGAAUGUCAACUAGACGGUCAUGGCAUCCAUUUUUGCAAAUACGAAAAAGAUAAUGCGACUCCGACUACAAGAUCGACAUUAGAUACCUUCUAUGAGAUUCUUCUAGCAUUUGGGGGAAGGGCUGCGACGGUUUUGAAUAAUCUCGCUCAUCAGUCUAAACAUCAAGAGUUUGGUGAAGCUUUUGGGAUGAAAAUAGAGGUUUCUUUGAGACUAGGUGGUGAAACUAUUACUGCGAAGGAAUCUUGUAGUAAAGCCGGCUCAUCAUGCGAUUUUCACAAAGGCGAACACUGUUGCCCCUCACUUGUUUGCUACAUGUCCAGAAGUUCAAGCAUGAGUGAAUGCCGUCCACCUUCCGAUGUAAAGUCUGAAGAUGAAGAAACUCUGGAUGUGUUGCGGAAACCAUAUCUGUCACUUGAACAGAACUCGAACUUGAACUCGAAUAUGGAUUCUGAAAGUCUUGAGCCAGAGGAAGAGAAGAAAGAAGAAGCAAAGAAGUGGGAUUUUCUCGAAGUAAUUAAAAUGCCCCCUAGACUAGACGAUAUCACCGCAUUACCCAAGUGUAAACCAAUGAACAUGAAAUGCAAUCCCAUAAGCGGCAUCAGAGUUUGCUGUCCAGACUUAGACUGCAUACAAGUAGGUCCCGCAUAUGAAGACUUCGGAUGUAGGCAAGCUCUGGAAGAUCAGGGCAAAGAGGGAGCUGCAACAUCUCCAUAUAACGAGAAAAUUGGCGGUAAAUCACAGUGGUUUCUUGGUGGCUGA